AUGGACGAAUAAUAUUCUGAUUUAUGUGAAUUAGUUCUAGAUCAAAAGUUAGAAGUUAGAAAGCAAGCUCUAAUGUUAGUGCUCCAAUAUGCUUAGACUGAAGAAGAUAGAAAGAAUUUCAUAUAAACUAAUCUAAUAUUUAACUUAACAAAACUUUUAGGAGAUGAAGAUGUAAUGACUUCAGUUUUAUCAGUCAUAAUCUAAUUCGCCAUAGAUGACUAUUACUAAGAAUAAUUCCUUAAAUUACAUACUCUAUAAAGAGUGAUGGAAAUUAUCAAAGAAAAGAUUCUCAAUUUUUAUAAAACUAAAUAAUCAAAUCAAUAAUUAGAACUCACUAUCUAAUUAGGAUUAUUGGCAUUACAAAAUAUCACUUAAAAUGAAGAUGCAAAAGAAGCUCUAUUAUAAUUAUAAUUUAAUGAUAUCAAUAGAUGCUUUUAUUUUAAAUUAUUUUGCAAUUUUUUUGUUGAUGAAAGAUCUGUUUCUAUGUUUGUAAAUUUUAAAUAAGUUUUACUUAAUGUCACUUCAUCAAGUAAUGUAAGAUUGUAGCUAAUAAAAACUGAAAUGAAAAUGAUGGAAUUCUUUUGUAAAUUACUUGAAACAGGAGAAUUAUUUGCAAUUUAAUUAAUCAAAAAUAUGGUCUUUGAAUAUGAAUAAUAAGAAGCACUAGAUUAAAUAAUUUAGUUACAAUUUAUUGAAAAAGUCAUUGAUUUUAUGGCAAAUGAUAUUGUAAUAAAUCAUGAAUUUUUUGAAUUAGAAGAAGGAGAACUAGCAUUCUAAUUAGCAGUGAUGAAAUUAAAAAAAUAAUUCAAUAAAACUGAAUUUUAAAGUAGAAUACAAGAAUCAGUAAAAUGUUUACUUAUAAUGACAAACAUAGAGCCAAAUUUAAUUAAGAAUAGUUACAAUAAGGCAAGAUUAGAUCUAAUAAUUAGAUAAUUAAGAAAAUUAUAAUUUGUUGAUAAAGAUUAAUUAGAUGUGAUUGAUACAGUUUAUAUAUAAGCUUAAUGA